AUGUCUCAAGUUGUUAAAGUUGGUGUCGUUGGUACUGGUAUCUUUGCCAAGGACAGACAUUUACCUUCUUACCAAGAAAUGUCCAAUGAAUUCAAAGUUGUUGCUGCUUACAACAGAACUAAGAGCAAGGCUGAAGAAUUUGCUAAAUUAGCUAAUUUGCCAGAUAACAAAGUCUACGACAACUUGGAUGAAAUCAUGAAUGAUCCAGAUGUCGAUUAUGUUGAUGCUUUGUUGCCAGUUCAAUUCAAUGUUGACACCGUUAAGAAGGCUAUCGCUGCUGGUAAACCAAUUAUUUUGGAAAAACCAAUUGCUGCUAACAUGAAGCAAGCUAGAGAAUUAGUUGAAUUAUCUGAUUCUACCGAAUUGCCAAUUGGUAUCGCAGAAAACUGGUUAUACUUAUCUUGUAUCGAAUUGGCCAAGAAACACUUGCCUCGUAUUGGUGAUGUUGUUGGUUUCACCCAUAACUCCACUGGUCCAUUUGUUACAAACAAUAAGUAUUUGGCUACUACUUGGAGACAAUCUCCUGAACACAUUGGUGGUUUCUUAUCAGAUGGUGGUGUUCACCAAUUGGCUUUAGUCACUAGCUUGGUUGGUGAAUUUGAAUCUGUUUCUGCUUUAACUCAACAAGUUCGUGAACAAUCUGGUACUGAUGAUAUCGUAUUCUCUACCGUUAAGAUUAGAAAUAGUAAAACUAUUGGUACCUUCACUUAUGGUUCUGCCUUCGGUGCUACUGACAAAUCUGUAUUCUUGAAAAUGUACGGUACUAAGGGUUCUGUUGUUGUUGAAUUAUCAGACAAGGCUAACCCUGUAGUUAAAGUCAGAGUUGGUGAAACUGCUGAAACAGCUGGUGCUGAAGAAGUUUACCCAGUCUCUCAAGAAGAUUCAUUUGGUGUCAAUGAUGAAUUCUUGAACUUCCGUGAAGCUGUUUUGAAGAAAGACAAGAAGCUAUUCAAGAGUUCCCCAAGAGUUGCCUUCCAUCACUUGGCUUGUGUUGCUGCUUUCUUGGAAUCCUCAGCCCAAAAUGGUAACAAUGUUACUGUUGAAACUAUUUAA